AUGCGGUUUGCAGCUCUUCCACCAUACUCCCAAGCUAUAAUUGCCGGGCCCCAGAUCUUCGUCUCGGGUCAGAUUCCCGCCGACAAGACGGGUGCCCUGGUAGAAGGCAGCAUCGCGGACAAAACGAAGCAAUGCUGCGAGAACAUCAAGGCUAUUUUGGCCGAGGUGAAUGUGGGACUGGAGAGGAUUGUCAAGAUCAACGUCUUCCUCGAUGACAUGGCCAAUUUUGCUGAGAUGAACGAUGUCUAUAUGCAGUACUUUACGCACAAGCCGGCGCGCAGCUGUGUCGCUGUUAAGCAGCUGCCCAAGGGUGUGCCCGUGGAGAUUGAGUGUAUUGCUUGGACAGGUUAGAAGUUGCCUGACGCUUAAGGAGGAAUGAAACUGUUCGCAAGGCAGUAUGGAAUGAAUGAAACUCAAUUUCUCACAUGAA